UAAUCAAACAAUUUUCUGGUGGAUCGGGUCGUCCAUGAGGUGGCCUCUCGGCAUAUUGUUUAUAGUUACCAGAGCAACUCAUUUGCAUAAGAACAGGUGCUCGAUUUAAAGAGUUGGCUAAAGGAGUUGAAGUGUGACGGGAAAACGAAAAGGAAAUUUAAGUGAAAGUCGGAUGUGAAAUGUGAAAUUCAUUUUAAUUGUUUUCUCUAUAUAUGUGGAUAUAUAAAAGUUCAGAUGAUGGAGGUUUCUUUCAAAUGAUAACUUGGGAUAUAUAGAUGUAGUUGAUUAUGUAGUGAACAAACUGACAACUUGUCACCAUGCCUUUGAAACCGGGUAAUCUCGGAAUCUCAAUAUCUCAGCCCAACGAGUUUGAGAUAAAACACCGACCCGGGAUCAUACAACAUCUCCCGCCCCUGAGUGCCAGAGAGCCUGCAUACAGUGAGAAACCAAAGAUUUUAGAGCGGGGGUCAUGGACCCAGGCCGCCCCAAUCAAAGAGAAGAAACACUUCCGACAUGUCAGUGAUUCUAUCGGUAACAACUACAGCCCCAAGGCUCGGCAUCUGACUGCCUCCUUCAUCUACGAAACCACAAAACAAAAUUUCACAACUGAGGAGAAUUUUUAUUUGGCUCCAAGACAAGCUAGAACGCCUAGUCCUGUACCGAGGACACAUGUUAGUGCUGACCCAAGGAGAAAAAGCUUCCAUGCACUUAUCAACCUAGACACAGGAAAAAUCAUCCACCCAGACUCGGACUUCGUUCUCCCGGAGAUUCCAAACGGAAACGGCCACGUCAGCUCUUCUUACCAGGAGACGACUUUACCCCCCAUCAACGGAAGCCGCGGGAAAGUCCACACAGCGCCAUCUAUCAACCAGAGUGACACGGGAUACAGUAGUUAUAUCAACGGCACUCACAGUACAGCAGACAGUUCCACACACAGAAAUGGGCAUGGUCCGGACAGCACAGUCAGUGUGGACGAGACAACGACAGACAGUGGGAUCCACGCCCCGGGAUUCGCCCCAGAGAUGUCACAGGUGGAUGAAAACUCCCAGGGGGAGGAGGAAGAUAAGAAUGAUGCUGAGGUUUCUGGGUAUGAGGAUCAUGAUGUGUACACUCGAUCAAUCCUUAAAGUGGAGUUCCCUCCCUUUUACUAUUCUACGCACGGAUUAUCCCGCCCUAGUACACCCACGGAAGAGGAUCAAAAGCGGUACUACCAGCUGAUUGAGAAAGCCAUAGAACCAGGCAUGGUCAGUCAGGUGGAGACAGAGACCGUCCACGGAAUCUUUGAACUGGUUCCCCGUCCCCUCAGACAAGCCGUUCCCAGUGCCAAGCGCAGGUUUCUUAGGGAAAUGGAGGAGGACAGAAGAUCUGCCAUAAAGAAAGCCAUAUUGGACUACAUACUGCUGGAUCCAGCGGAGCAGGAGAGACUGGGGGUACCUAUACCACCCAAGCCCUCAAACUCUGCAGGAAGGCACCAGUUUCCGUGGCACGAGAUGGUCAACAGAACGCGGGAGUUCAUGAAGAACGACCUGUUUAUCACCCACCCUGUCAUGUACACCAUCCUCUACCACUUCCAAACCAAGUAUGGGGAAUUUAGACUGAUCGACAUCCCUCAUCUGAGGGAGGUCAUGCCCCUAACAAUGGAGAAUUUCUACAAGAACAUCAAACAAUCCAGUAAGGCUGCCUCAGAGAAGCUUCGUUAUCAAUGGCUGCCGGAGGUCUGUGAAAUUGUGGACAACCACCGUGAGACUGUGGAGGAAUGGAUGCCACAGGAUUCCGUACAACGCAUGAAGAAAAUGGACAAGUUCUUUAACAGCAUAGCUUCCCUGAUGUCUAACCUGUUACGGAGCUGUGUGAUCAACUCGAUGUACGACCUGGUGGACCUUAUAGAGGAGUACAGUGAGGGCAAUAGUUACCAGGGCGAGUACACACUGUUCAAGGGGCUGGCUCUACCCACCAAAAUACACAUCGUCCAUUUCUUUAUGCAAGAGAAUGUGGAGAAAGUAGACAUCAAUUUCAAACCGUCGUUCCCGGACGUCUGCGAUUUCUUCUGUCUGAUCAUUGAUCACAUGAUCAUCAGCGUGAAGGAGCUGCCGCGGAUCGAGCACCUGUUGUUCCAGUCAGUGGAGGAUCUACAGAUUUCCACCAUCAGGAGCGUGAUUAUAGAGGAGGAGCUGGUGGAAAAGGCAAAGGACAGGAUCCGAACAGUGGUCAUGGGCAACAGUCACGGACCCAACUUAUACACCUCAGUUUAUAACCCAUACAAAUACCUUAUUUCCGUGGAAACUGAAAACAAGGUCAAAAAGUUCAUCAGUAAAGAUCGGCCCCUGCGGGAGUACAGGCAUGAAAUAGAGAAGCUGAAGAAGCUGAUUGAUGCUGUAGGCUCACUACCUGUCACCAUCCCAAUGCACCUGUUCUACCUGGACUGUAACCAUAUCAACCAGUGGCUGAUAAAACGAGCCAGGUACUUGAUAGGCAUCAUGGUCACCAAUAUCUGUAACAUGAGCCGGGACUUCAACAAGGGGAUCUGUAGGCAGUACGACACGAUAGUGAAGAGGGUGGCCCAACAGGCGGAGAAUACAGAGGAACUGGUACAGAUGCAGAACUAUGUGGAGAACCUGAAAGUGGGGGAACUGCUGCAGCUAAAGGACAAACAAGAGGUGGCGGGACAGAAUCUGAUGUUUUUGUUGGACUACACUUACUUGUCAAACUCAGACAUUUCUACCAAUAACACCACAUUUACCUGGGCAGAGAAAAUAGUCCCCAUCAUCACCAGCACAGAGAAGAAGCUGUCGAAGGAGCACGAGAUCUACAGCAACAAGUUGAAGGACAAGAAGAAGAAGUUCCAGGAAGAGCUGGACUUCACGGAGAAACAGGUCCGGAUGUUCCAGAAUAAGAGCAAUAUGAACGAGGCCGAGAACUUUAUACAGGAGCUGGAGGACAUCGAGAAGAAGCUGGAAAUGUUCCAUGAGGAGAAAGUCAAAAUAAACAGAGAGGAGAUGUUACUGGGACAGGAAGUGAUGACCCAGUACGGUCAGAUUCAGGCCAUCACUACAGCGAGGGAACCGUACGAAAAACUAUGGAGAACAGCGGUCACCUUCCACAAGGAGCACGACAACUGGAUGAACGGACCCCUACUCAAGGUCAACGCCGAGGUUGUGGAUGAAGAGGUUCAAAACUUGUGGAAGACAGCAUACAAGCUGACCAAACAGUUUGCUCACCCAGACUUCAGGGGACCUAAGACGGCAGCCAUUAAAAUCAAAACAAGGCUGGAGACGUUCAAGAUCCACAUGCCACUGAUUAAUGCUUUGUGUAACCCGGGCAUCAAACAGAGGCAUUGGGACAUGAUGAACGAAAAGGUUGGCUUCAACAUGACCCCCAAUGAUGAGACCCCAUUACAGGAGAUUCUGAAGUUGGAACUAGACAAAUAUCUGGAUGUUCUACAAGAGAUCAGCUCUCAAGCCAGCAAGGAGUUUGCUCUAGAAAAGGCCUUAGAGAAAAUGAAGAGUGACUGGGAGAACAUGCACUUUUCCUUUGUUGACUACAAGGAUACUGGGAUAUCAAUCCUGUCGUCACCUGAAGAUAUCCAAGUGUUGCUGGAUGACCACAUUGUCAAGACAACCACAAUGAAGGGCUCCCCCUUCAUUGAACCCUUUGAGGCGGCUGUCAAUGAGUGGGAUGUUCUUUUGCACCGCAUUAAAAAUAUUCUGGAGUCCUGGUUGAAGGUGCAGGCAGCCUGGUUGUACUUGGAACCGAUCUUCGGUUCACAAGACAUCAGGAACCAGAUCCCGGUGGAGGGCAAAAUGUUUGAGGAAGUGGACGAGCACUGGAGAACCAUUAUGCAGAAUGCGGUGAAAGACACCAAAGCUUUGACGGUUGUGUCUCAGGACCAGAUGCUGGAAAAAUUACAACAUUCAGAGUCAAUGCUAGAUGACAUUCAAAGAGGUCUCAAUGAUUACCUGGAAAAGAAACGACUCUUCUUCCCUAGAUUUUUCUUCCUUUCCAAUGAUGAAUUGUUGGAGAUUCUCUCAGAGACCAAGGACCCACUACGAGUACAGCCACACUUGAAGAAGUGCUUUGAGGGCAUUGCUCAGUUGACCUUCACCCCUGACACCAUUAUCACAGGGAUGGAGUCUGCAGAGAAAGAGGUGGUGGAGUUCUCCAAAACCAUCGCUCCCAUGGAGGCCAAGGGGCUGGUCGAGAGGUGGCUGCUACAGGUUGAAGAAGUGAUGAAGUUGAGUUUGAAGGAGGUCAUGAAGAAGGCCGUCAAAGAGUAUCCCACAAUUCCCAGGAAGGACUGGGUGGUCAAGUGGCCUGGUCAGGUAGUUCUGGCAGCCAGCCAAAUUCACUGGACAUCCGAGGUCACUCAGUCUAUAACAAGUGGUUUCAUGGGUCCCUACCUAGCCAAGAGUAACAAGCAGAUAGAUGAGGUGGUGGCCCUAGUGAGAGGCUCACUGUCCAAGAUGGCCAGAAUCACACUGGAGGCCCUCAUUGUCAUUGAUGUCCAUGCAAGAGAUGUGGUGGCCCACCUGAACGAAGUUCAGACCCGCAGUGUGAACGACUUCUCGUGGAUCAGCCAGCUACGCUACUACUUCAUCCAGGAUCUGGUCCAGGUCAAGAUGAUCACCACCACCGUGGCGUACGCCUAUGAGUACCUGGGUAACACAGGUAGACUGGUCAUCACACCUCUCACCGACAGGUGCUACAGGACAUUGAUGGGGGCUCUGCUCCUGAAUCUGGGGGGUGCUCCUGAGGGUCCCGCAGGAACCGGUAAGACGGAGACAUCCAAGGACCUGGCUAAGGCGGUGGCCAAACAGUGCGUGGUGUUUAACUGCUCCGACGGCCUGGACUACAAAGCCAUGGGCAAGUUCUUCAAGGGGCUGGCCCAGUCUGGGGCCUGGGCGUGCUUUGAUGAGUUCAACCGUAUUGAACUUGAGGUGUUGUCUGUGAUAGCCCAGCAGGUACAGACCAUACAGCGAGCCAUUGCGGAGCAGGUCACCAUGUUCAUGUUUGAGGGGACACAGAUCAGGCUGGACCCCACCUGUACCAUCUUCAUCACCAUGAAUCCUGGAUACGCUGGAAGGGCAGAGCUACCAGACAAUCUCAAAGUGUUGUUUAGAACUGUGGCUAUGAUGGUGCCUGAUUAUGCCAUGAUCGCAGAGAUUUCUCUCUACUCCAUGGGCUUCGUGGAAGCCCGAAGUAUGUCCACUAAAAUUGUAGCCACGUACCGACUGUGUUCAGAGCAGCUGUCUUCCCAGCAUCACUAUGACUACGGCAUGAGAGCUGUCAAGUCAGUCCUGACUGCCGCCGGAAAUCUGAAGCUGAAAUACCCAGAGCAACGAGAGGAAGUCCUGGUGCUCAAGUCAAUCAACGACGUCAAUCUGCCGAAGUUUUUGUCACAUGACAUUCCCCUGUUCCAAGGAAUCAUCUCUGACUUGUUCCCUGGAGUGGAUCUUCCAGAGGCAGACUAUGGCCAUCUUGAGGAGGCCCUGAUAGAACAUAUCACAAAGAGAAAACUGCAGCCAAGCAGGUGGUUUAUUGAGAAAAUCAUACAGAUCUACGACAUGAUCCUGGUGCGUCACGGUCUGAUGAUUGUGGGGGAUCCCCUCGGGGGGAAGACCUCGGCCUUCCAGAUCUUGGCGGAGGCCUUACGAGUGAUGCAUGACAAGGGACUGAUGGAGGAAAACAAGGUGAUGUUCUCCAUUAUAAAUCCCAAGGCCAUCACAAUGGGGCAGCUGUAUGGGAGAUUUGAUCCUGUCUCUCACGAGUGGUUUGAUGGCGUUUUGGCCAACACUUUCCGAGAGCAUGCUGCCAACACUUCCCCGGACAGGAAGUGGAUUAUUUUUGACGGACCUGUAGAUGCUGUGUGGAUAGAAAACAUGAAUACAGUCCUUGAUGACAACAAAAAGUUGUGCCUGAUGAGUGGAGAGAUCAUCCAGAUGAACAACACACAGAACAUGAUCUUUGAAGCCAUGGAUCUGGAGCAGGCCUCCCCCGCCACAGUCAGCAGGUGUGGCAUGAUCUACAUGGACCCGCUACAGCUGGGCGGUGACGCUCUCAUCAAGUCCUGGAUGGAGUAUGAACUCCCCAACAACCUCACCUGGGAGCAGAAAGACACCAUCAAGAUGAUGUUUGACUGGCUGUUGGAGCCGUGUCUGAAUUUUGUGUCCAAGUACUGCAAAUGUCUUCUGACUUGUCAUCCGAUGCACCUUACAAAGAGCAUGCUGACCCUCUAUGGCUGCAUGAUGGAAGAUGUCAGGAAACUAGGUAUGGAAGAUGAUGAAGAGGAGGAAGAGGCCUUCAUGGAGGAAGAUGAUGAAGAGGGAGGAGGAUCAGACACAGAUGGAGAAGGUGCAAAGGAGAAGUCCCUGACAGACCAGAAGCUGAUAGAGGAGAGGACCGCCAUGUUGAUUGCCUACUUCUUCUUUUCCAUGGUGUGGUCGGUUGGUGCCACACUUGACGCUAAUUCCCGUGCCAAGUUUGACGAGUUCUUCAAGGGCCUGUGCGACAUGGAUGGAACCACGGCCAAGUAUCCAAGGGCUGGAAAUAAGAUAUCCAAACCUAAGGACCUGAAGUUUGCCAACAAUCUGAAGAUCCCCAAGAACGGCUCGGUGUUUGAGUUUGUUUACCUAAGGAAGCAGUAUGGCUCCUGGUACAAGUGGUCCAAUCUGAUCAGCCCGCUCAACAUCGAUGAGAAAGCCAAGAAAGACCGAGACCUUCGUAUCAUGAUAAACGAGCUGAUAAUCCACACGGUGGAGACAGAGAAACAGAAGUACUUUUUGGAGCGGUUUCUGAUGCAGGACUGCCCCCUGCUGUUUGUGGGACCCACAGGGACAGGAAAGUCAGCCAUCACCAACAGCUACUUACUACAGCUACCCAAGGACAAGUACAUCAUCAGCAACAUUAACUUCUCCGCCCAGACCUCGGCCAAUCAGACGCAGGAUAUCAUCUUCUCCAAGCUUGAUAGACGGAAGAAGGGUGUGUAUGGCCCCACACUGGGGAAGAAACUGAUGGUCUUUGUAGAUGACCUGAACAUGCCGGCCAAGGAGAAGUACGGGGCCCAGCCCCCCAUAGAGAUCCUCCGUCAGUGGAUCGACCAGGGAUACUGGUUCGACAGGAAGGACACCAGUGUUCUGGAGCUGAUAGACAUUGUGAUGGUGUCAGCCAUGGGGCCACCAGGGGGUGGCAGGAACAAUGUGACCCCCAGGUUCCUCAGACAUUUCAAUAUCAUUGGAAUUGAAUCCUUUGAUGAGGAAACCAUGAAGAACAUUUUCUCUCCCAUUAUUGAGUGGCAUUUCAGGUCGUUUGAAAAUUCGCUGAGGAAGUUUACUAGGAUCAUUUUGACCAGUACCCUGGAGAUCUACAAUAGUGCUAUCGCCAACUUCCUCCCCACCCCCUCCAGGUCACACUACGUCUUCAACCUCCGAGACUUCGCACGCGUGGUUCAGGGGGUCCUGUUACUGAAGCCUGCGGUGGUGGCCGAGGGGAGCACGGAGAACGGACAGAAGAUUGUCCGCCUCUGGGUCCACGAAGUCUACAGGGUGUUCUAUGACAGGCUCAUCAAUGAGGAGGACCGCGAAAUGUUCUUCAAGAUGGUCAAGACAUGUGUGGAGAGUCAGUUCAAGGAGAAAAUGAACGUGCUGUUCUCCCACAUCAUGACCGACUCCUCUAUAGGGGUCACUGACGAUGACAUCAGAAGCCUGAUGUUUGGGGACUACCUGUCCAAGGGCAAGGAGGAAAAGUUCUACGAUGAAAUACUCAACCUCAACGACCUGAAAGAGGCCAUUGAGAUGUACCUUGAGGAGUAUAACAUGAUGUUUAAGGCUCCUAUGAAUCUAGUCAUGUUUAGGUUUGCUAUUGAACACAUAUCUAGAAUCAGCAGAGUUUUGAAGCAGCCAAAUGGUCAUUGUCUGCUUGUUGGUAUCGGGGGCAGUGGGAGACAGAGUGCUUCACGGUUGGCUGCCUUUAUGUCAGACUUUGAACUCUUCCAAAUUGAAAUAACCAAAAACUACACAAUCUCUGAGUGGAGAGAUGACCUCCGUCGCCUCAUGAGGCGUGCUGGGGAUGAGGGGACCUCAAUGGUGUUCCUAUUUGGAGACCACCAGAUCAAGGAUGAGUCGUUCUUGGAAGACAUAAACAUGAUUUUGAACACAGGAGACAUUCCUAACCUGUAUGAUAAUGAAGAGAGACUAGAGAUUAUUGAAAAGAUGCAGCAGCUGGCCCUGCAGCAGAACCUUCAGAUGGAGAUGACCCCACUCAACAUGUACAACAUGUUCAUUGAGCGGAUCAGGCGGAACCUCCACGUGGUGCUGGCCUUCUCUCCGAUCGGAGACAACUUCCGGAACAGGAUCAGGAUGUUCCCCUCCCUCAUCAAUUGCUGCACCAUCGACUGGUUCAAGCCGUGGCCAGAGGAUGCGUUGGAGCUGGUGGCCAAUAAAUUCCUUGAGGAUGUAGAGAUGUCGGACGAAGUCCGGACACAGACCAUCUACAUGUGUAAACACUUCCACCAGAGUGUCCGCAUGCUCUCUGAGAGGUACUACGAAACAAUGAGGCGGAGGAACUAUGUGACGCCCACGUCGUACCUGGAGCUGAUCAAGACCUUCAAGAGCCUGCUGGACCACAAGAGAAUGGAGAUUCUGACCCUCAAGAACCGCUACAUCGUGGGGCUGGAGAAACUGGAGUUCUCCGAGAGUCAGGUGAACGUGAUGCAGCAAGAGUUAGUGGAACUCCAACCUAAGCUGAUUCAGACCAGCAAAGAGACAGCGGAGCUGAUCGAGUUCAUCAGCAAAGAGAGCAUCGAAGUGGAGGCUGUCAAGAAGGUGGUGGAGGCCGACGAAGUGGUGGCUAAUAACGCCGCCAUGGACGCCAAGGCCAUCAAAGAUGAGUGUGAAGCCAAGCUGGCAGUUGCCAUGCCGGCCCUAAAUGCUGCCGUAGCUGCCCUGGACACACUGAAACAGAAUGACAUUUCUCUGGUCAAGGCUAUGGCUAAUCCACCUAAUGGGGUCAAACUGGUCAUGGAAGCUGUCUGUAUUAUGAAGAGCAUUAAGCCAGACAAUAAAGUGGAUGCUAAUGGCCGAAAAGUGGAGGAUUACUGGCCUGCAGCCAAGAGAAUGCUGGGAGACAUCAAGUUCUUAGAUUCCCUCAAGGAGUAUGACAAGGACAAUAUCCCAAUGCCGGUGAUGAAAAAGAUCCGAGACAAGUACAUGAGUAACCCAGACUUUGAGCCCAAUCUGAUCAGGAACGUGUCGUCUGCCUGUGAGGGUCUCUGUAAGUGGAUCAGGGCCAUGGACGUGUACGACAGUGUCAUCAAGGUUGUGGGACCAAAGCGGCGGAGUUUAGAGGAGGCAGAGGCUACAUUAGCCACACAAAUGGCCAGGCUCCACCAGAAACAGGCAGAACUACAGGCAAUCACUGACAAACUGAACGGGCUGAAGGAUCAGCUCAAAACCAAGGAGGAGGAAAAAGUGAACUUGGAGGAUAACAUUGAACUGACCAAAAUAAAGAUAGAAAGAGCAGAAAAGCUUAUCAGUGGACUGGGAGGAGAGAAAGAUAGGUGGACGAAUAAUGUGGAGGAAUUGAGUGAGACCUAUGACAACAUUGUGGGUGAUGUGCUGUUAUCGGCCAGCGUGGUGGCGUACCUGGGACCAUUCAUCCUGGACUACCGCCAAGAGUGUCUGAAAGAGUGGUACUCCAUGUGCGCCGAGCGGAACAUACCGCUCUCCGAACACUUCUCCCUGUACACCACACUCGGGGACCCUGUCAAGAUCCGAGACUGGCAGAUUGCCGGACUCCCCGUAGACAAUUACUCGGUGGAGAAUGCUAUCAUUGUGAUGAGUGCUAAUCGCUGGCCCCUGAUGAUUGACCCCCAGGGUCAGGCCAAUAAGUGGGUCAAGAACAUGGAGAAGUCCAACAAGCUGGAGGUCGUCAAGAUGUCUGAUGUCAACUUCAGCCGGAACCUGGAAAACUGUAUUCAGUUUGGAAAUCCUUGUUUGCUGGAAAAUGUUGGAGAAGAGUUGGACCCUAUUCUAGAACCCAUUCUUCUGAAGCAGACAUUCAAACAGAACAACAUGGAGUACAUCCGUGUGGGAGACCACAUCAUCGAGUACAGCAAGGACUUCAAGCUGUACAUCACAACCAGGCUCCGCAACCCACACUAUCUGCCAGAAGUCUCAGUCAAGGUGACCUUGCUGAACUUCAUGAUAACAUUACUUGGUUUGGAGGACCAGCUUCUGGGAAUCGUUGCCGCCAAAGAAAAACCAGAGCUAGAGGAAAAGAAAAACAUGCUGAUUAUCGAGAGUGCCAGAAACAAGCGACAGCUCAAAGAAAUCGAGGACAAGAUACUGGAGGUCCUCUCCUCAUCCCAGGGUAACAUUUUGGAGGAUGAGACUGCCAUAGAAAUCCUAUCCUCCAGUAAGAUCUUGUCAGAGGAGAUAUCGGAGAAACAGCUGGUGGCCACGAAAACCGAGGCCGCCAUUGAUGAUGUCAGGAAUGGAUACAAACCCGUUGCAAAGCACGGUAGUGUGCUGUUCUUUGUGAUCUCUGACUUGGCCAACAUUGACCCCAUGUACCAGUAUUCCCUGGCCUGGUUUAUCAACCUCUAUCUCCAGUCCAUCAUAAACAGUGCCCCGUCCCAGGAGUUGGAAGAGAGGAUCCACAACCUGAACGAACACUUCACCUACAGCAUCUACAAGAACGUCUGCCGCUCGCUGUUUGAGAAGGACAAGCUGCUCUUCUCCUUCCUCCUGUGUAUCGGCAUCGCUAAACAAAAAACGAUGCCAUACUCCUCUAUAGGUGGUGAAAUAAACGACCGUGAUUGGCGCUUCCUACUGACAGGGGGUGUGGCCCUGGAGAAUCCUUUCCCUAACCCAGCAGCUGAUUGGCUCCCUGACAAGUCCUGGGGAGAAAUCGUCCGGGCUUCUGAUCUACCACCCUUCAAAGGCUUCAUGGAACAUUUUCGCAAAAAUCUGAAUGCAUGGAAGAAGAUCUAUGAUUCCACUGCUCCCCAGACUGAGCCCCUCAUGGAGCCGUGGGACAAGAGCCUCAAUCGACUGGAGGAACUGAUAGUGCUCCGGUGUCUGCGUCCGGAUAAGAUGGUUCCAGCUGUUCAAAACUUCAUUGUGGAGAAGAUGAGUCAGCAGUACAUUGAACCCCCGACCUUUGACCUGUCGCUCAGCUACGAGGACUCCCAGCAUUUCUCCCCCCUUAUAUUCCUUCUGUCCCCUGGGGCUGACCCCAUGGCCGGUCUAUACAGAUUUGCCGAAGAAAAAGGUUUAAUACCUCCACUGCCUUCAUCACAGUCACAGAUGAGUGAUGAUUCAUCAGAGCGUAAAAUAACCUCAUUACUUGGGGUCACACACCCCUCAGAGGAUCAUGCGCGGUCAGGGAGCAAAGGUCUACAAACAAUCUCUUUGGGGCAAGGUCAGGGGCCCAUAGCUGAGAAAAUGAUAAUGGAGGCGGUGGAUGAUGGAACAUGGGUUGUUCUACAGAACUGCCACCUCGCGGCGUCAUGGCUGGGUGAAUUGGAGCGCAUCUGUGAAACGGUGAUUACGGACAACAACAUUACCAAGCCCAACUUCCGGCUGUGGCUGACUAGUUACCCCUCUCCAGAUUUCCCCGUGUCUGUCCUACAGAAUGGGGUCAAGAUGACCAACGAGCCCCCCAAAGGACUGAGGGCCAACCUCCUCCGGUCCUACCUGAACGACCCUAUCUCUGACCCCGCCUUCUUCUCUCAGUGCAAUAAACCAGCAGUUUUUGAAAAGCUUCUGUUUGGGCUCUGCUUCUUCCAUGCUUUGGUCCAGGAACGUAGGAAAUUCGGACCUCUUGGUUGGAAUAUUCCCUAUGAAUUCAACGAGUCAGAUCUCAGAAUCUCUGUCAGACAGCUUCAAAUGUUCAUCAACGACUAUGACAAGCCCCCGCUGGAGGCCCUCAGUUACCUGACCGGUCAGUGUAACUAUGGUGGCCGGGUCACUGACGACCUUGACCGGCGACUGAUCACCAGUUUACUGGAGAUCUUCUACAAUGAGAAGCUGAUCUUUGACGACACGUACAAGUUCUCCCCGAGCGGCCUCUACUUUGCCCCGCCCAAGGGAAGUUAUGAUGAGUAUGUGGAGUACAUCAGGAAGUUACCCCUGAUUCCCCACCCUGAGGUGUUUGGUCUACAUGAGAAUGCAGACAUUUCUAAGGACCAGCAGGAGACACAGCAGCUGUUUGACGGCAUUCUGCUGACACUGCCCAGACAGCGAAAUUUGCCACUGAUAAAAACAAGUGGAGGAGGGAAAUCGUCCCAGGAGAUGAUAGAGGAACUAGCCAGUGACAUCCUGACCAAAAUACCUGCUGACUUCAAUCUAGAGGAGUGCCAAAACAAGUUCCCAGUGAGAUACGAGGAGUCCAUGAACACGGUUCUGAACCAGGAACUGAUCCGGUUCAACCGGUUGACCCGGGUAAUCCGACACAGUCUCCAGGACAUCAGGAAGGCGAUCAAGGGAGUGAUUGUCAUGUCCUCAGAGUUGGAGGAUGUGUUCGACAGCAUGAUGGUGGGCAAGGUUCCUGCCAUGUGGCAAGCCAAGUCCUACCCAUCAUUGAAGCCCUUGGGCAGCUACAUCACUGACCUACUGGCCAGAUUGUCUUUCUUCAAGGAGUGGAUCUACGGGGGCACCCCCUCUGUGUUUUGGAUCUCCGGCUUUUACUUCACCCAGUCAUUUUUGACUGGAGUGUUACAAAACUAUGCCAGGAAGUACAAGAUUCCCAUCGACUACCUGGGAUUCGAGUACCAGGUGACGGACUAUGAAAAGUCCAUGGCCAGUCGACCGCAAAACCAAGGCCCUGGGGCAACGGCUAAUGGCGCCUAUGUGAGGGGCCUCUUUGUGGAGGGAGCCCGGUGGUGUCGCAGGAAGAAGACGCUAGACGAGUCCUUGCCCAAAGUUCUCUAUGAUCUACUUCCUAUUAUUAUGCUCAAACCUGGAGAGAAAUCAAAGUUUGAGGAUCUUCCAACCUAUGCAUGUCCAGUGUAUAAGACCAGCUCCCGACGUGGCACCCUGUCCACCACUGGUCACUCCACCAACUUUGUCAUGUCCAUCCUCCUGCCAUCCAGCCACCCAGAAUCUCACUGGAUCAAUAGGGGCGUGGCCUGUCUCUGUCAGUUAGACAACUAAUGGACCUAUCAGUUGUUAUUAUAUAUGACUGACUUAUGAACAUUAUAUGUCUGGACAAAAAACAGUGGUAAAAUGUGAUACAUCAUUUAACUGUAUUUAUUAUACACAUGUAUAUGCUAAUUUGCAUACAGGGUCUGUGAUUGAUUUUAUCUUCUUCUUUUUUCAUUUAUGGUACGGAUAUGCAAUUAUUUUUAGAGUAUUUACAAAUAUAUAUAGAUUAAAGGAUACAUUCUGUUAAUCUUUUUUUUCUCAAAGUAGAAAUCCAACCUAACUUCAUAUCUGUUUCAUUGAUGCGCAUUCCAAGUAGAGUUAAUUCACAAAAUUAAGCCAUAAUAUUUUGAUAAUAAAAUCAAUUAAUGUACAGUUAUUGAUGAACCUUGUACUCAUCCAUGUCUUUCAGGUUGUAGCUUUCCUGUCAUGUUGUCUUUUGUAGCCUAUUGAUUGCAUGUUAAGAUGCAUUAUCAUGCAGUGAAAAAAAUGUCUCACUUUUUUAUUUUUAUUUAUAUUUAUUGUACAUUUUUUAUUUUUAAUCAUUUCUCUUCUGCAUUUUGUUGAUUGUGUUUAAGAUUCCAAGCCUAUGCUUCUUCCAUGUGAAUGAAAAUGAACUUUUUGUCUUACUCUACUAGUGAGAAAUCUAGAUACUGUAUAUAGAUAGAGAAUAUAAAUUGUACAGAGUUUACAUAAAUAUCUUUGUGUACAUAAUGGUUGCAUUAAGUUAUUGAAACAUACAUAUUAAGAAGUGUUUAUAUCUGUUAUAUUUUUGCUUUAUUUAUGGCUGUACAAGGUUUACUUCCUUGCCGCCCACAAAGCACUUCACGUAUGUGUAGAUGAUCAGCUACUCUAUAAAAACCUUUAUUUUGCUAGAUAUGUUUAUAUAAGCUUUACUGUGAUAUGCAGCGAAAAAUCAACACCCAGUGUGUUUUACGUACGUAUACAAGUCCUGUGUGUUGUAUGUACCUAUAGUCCAAUACAACAUACAAGUUAUAUUCUGUCUGUGAUGAAUUGCAAUGAAUUCAGCACUCUAUUGUUGUUAGUCUACAUGCCAUUGAUGUUGAAGCAUCCCUUUAUGUAGUGUAUUUGUUCCCAUUCAGACUGGGUUUUAUUUUCGAUAAAUCUCUUGUUGCAAUACUUUAUUGUCUGUGAUCCAUUUACUGUAGCAUUACAGAUCCUUAAUGUACUUAGUCUGUUGUGGCAAUGAUAACCAUCGUAUACGCAAUGUUCAUACCGCACCAGAGAAAAGAAAUCGCUAUUUUUAAAUUUGCAAGGUAUAUACAGAUUUGGUGAGGGUUCAAUUCUUUUUUUUUUCCAUAAGCACAGAAAAAAUUGAUUAUUCAACAAAAAAAAUUUGUUGUUUUCUUUAAAUGCACCAACUUCGUUCCAGAUCUUGAUUUAACAUGCAUCAGUAUUACAAAAUGGUCUGUUUUUAAGAAUCUUGAAAACCCUACCUUUAAAUUGCAUUGUGAAUGUAGACAAAAAACGAAAAUAAAUUCUAUUUUCUAUGA